UCAGGCUGUGCCAGGGGCCGCUCGGCCCCAGCCCGGCCCCGGCCCCGCUCCCCGCCCCGCACUCACUAGACGGUGCCGCCGGGGCCGGGGCCGGGGCGGCAGUAACAGAGGUACCGGCCCGGCCCGGCCUGCAGCAGGUGGAAGGGCCCGGCCGGUUCCGCCAUAACGGCAGCGCCGGAAGGGGCGGGCGAGGCCUGCGGGCCCUCCCCGGCGCCGGGACCGGCAGCCCCGCCAUGGUCAACCUGGGGCUGCGGCGGGUGGAGGACAGCGUGGCCGCCAAGCACCCGGCGCUGCAGCAGUACGCGGCCUGCCAGUCCCACGCCUUCAUGAAGGGCAUCGGCGCCUUCCUGGCAGGCAGCGGAGCCGCCUUCGCCGUGCAGAAGCUGGUGAACAAGAAGCUGCCGUACAGCCUGCAGUGGAGCCUGCUGCUGGCUGCGGGCACAGGUUCCCUUGCCAGCUAUGUGGUAACCAGAGCUGAGACGCAGAAAUGCUCCGACUUCUGGAUUUAUCUGGAGACAGGCAAGUCCCCACAGGAGCUUGCCAUGGCUGGCAGGGUGUCUCAGCCCACAGAAAAUCUGCCCAGUCCAGAGGACAGAGAGAGCAUGGCACCACCGGUGAGGAGGAACAAGUACGGGGACAUUGUGGAAUAGCUGGCAGAGCACAGCGCACCGUGCUCGUGUCCUGCCUGCCCAGCUUGCCUGUGUUGCUUGCGAGUCUGGUGGGCUCUGUAGCACUGCCUGGGAGCUCAGAUGAGUUGAUCCUGCAGUGAAAGCUUAGUGGAGGCACCGUAGGGAUUGCUGUCUCCCAGGUUGCCUCUGAACAUUGCACGUGGGGGGCACAAUAAAAGUUGUGAGCUGAA